CACGUGGAAGUGGAUUCAAUGGCCACAUACCAGGCGUGGGUCGCGCGUUGCUGCGUCGUCAGUGCGUUGGUGUGCACGGCGGGUCUGCUGUGUGUGUGCGUGACCUUCCUGCUGUCCACGCCGUGCGCCGGCGGCACCUUCAAGCAGGCCGCCGUGGCCGCAGACUCGCUGCUUUGCUCUCAGGUCGGCAGGGAUGUCCUCCAACAGGGUGGCUCGGCAGUAGAUGGCGCCAUUGCAGUUCUGCUGUGCACCUCAGUGGUCUACCCUCAAAGUAUGGGCCUUGGCGGAGGCUCUGUGGUCACAGUUAGAAACAAAACAGGCCAGGUGACGGUCUUCAACUUCAGGGAGACCGUCCCUGGGAUAUUCAAACAAAACCUCUUGGAUGAAUGCACGACCACCGGCAAACACAUGACAGGUAGUCAGUGGAUCGGCGUUCCAGGAGAGCUGCGAGGCUAUGAAGUUCUUCACCAGCAGUACGGCAGACUGCCUUGGUCCAAACUCUUUGAGCAGCCCAUCAGACUGGCCAAGGAGGGCAUCCCUGUGCCCCCUUUUCUGGGGAAGCUGCUGCACUUCCCUGCCAUCAAGAGCAAAGUGGAAAGUUCAGCACUUUGUGAGGUUUUCUGCAACAACAACAAAAGUGCUCUGAGGACAGGAGACAUCAUGAAGUUUCCUCGACUGGCUGAGAGCAUGGAGGUGAUUGCCAAGCAAGGAGUGGACGCCUUCUACAACGGAAGGAUAGGCCGCCUUUUAAUUCAAGAUGUAAAAGAUGCAGGUGGAACGUUAGAAAUGGAGGAUCUGAGGUCGUACCAGGUGAGGGUGGUGGACACCUGGACUGUUCCUUUGGGGGACACCUUGAUGCACAUCCCUCCACCACCUGCUGGGGGCGCCCUGCUUGCCUUCAUCCUCAAGAUAAUGCAAGGGUUCUCCUUGACGCCACGUUCCCUGGUCGGCGGGCACAAAGUCCAGUUUUACCACCGUUAUAUCGAGGCAGCCAAAUUCGCUAAUGGCCAGCGAGGGACCAUUCGUGAUCCUUUCUUCAACAGCAAGACGAGCGCAGACCACCUCCUGGACCCCGCCUUCAUCCAGCACAUCAGAGCCAGGAUUUCCCCCAACACCACCCAUCAUGACGCCUACUACGCCCACAUCCACACGCCCCCCCUGCCGGACCGCACUGGCACGUCUCACGUGUCCGUGCUGGACCAGGAGGGACUGGCCGUGUCCGCCACCAGCACCAUAAACCACCUGUUCGGAGGAACCGUUUACUCUGCGCGGACCGGCAUCAUCCUCAAUAACGAGCUGUCGGACUUCUGUGGGAGAGCAGACUCCUUAAAACCAGGUGAGCAGCCUCCCUCCUCAAUGACACCAGCCAUACUGGAGUCCAAGUCGGGAGGACUUCUAGUGAUCGGAGGUGCAGGAGGCAGCAUGAUCACCACUGCAGUGGCCUUGUCCCUCAUAAACCACCUGUGGCUGGGCAUGACCCUGAAGGAGGCCAUCGCCGCUCCGAUACUCUAUGUGGACUCCAAAAACCAGGUGAACUUUGAGGCGGACUUUGACCAGGCUGUGGUUGACGGCCUGAGAGCACUCGGACACCAGGUUGGAGAGAUGGAAUACUUCUUCAACGUAGUCAACGGCGUGGAGAGGGAGAAAGGGUGCAUUGUGGGAGAAUCAGACGAGAGGAAGAUGGGAAAGUCAGCUGGAUAUUGAUACCUUCAAUACACUGUAUGAAGAUGGAUGCCUUUCAACUCACAGACUCUUUGGUAAACUCAGCAUCGUCAGGGUCACUUUUAACCCUUAAUUAACAUGUUGGGCUACACUCUUAUCAUAUCAUUAC